AUGAGACAACUUCUACAGGUCCUCGCUUGCCUUAUUUUCCCCUUAAUCGUAUCGGCGGAAAUAGACCCACUGUACAAUGUGUCUAAUCCAUUUCGACCAGCCAAUGUGACAGGGCUGGGUGAUAUCUGGAUCUGGGUUGGAUCAUAUUACAAUGGCACAACAAAGAUCGAGUUUACCCCCGAGAUCGGAUCAUCACCCGAAAAGCCCGUAUGCAAGAAUCUUCAAGGCCGGUCGUUCAGUGGCGAGUUCCAAUCGUUCCUCGGCCUCACCCAAAGAGGUGCUUACAAUCUGGGCUCAAACCCAGUCAAUAUACUUUUGAGCCUCUGGAAUUCGGACACAAAUCUUUCAUCGCUGGCAAAUGCGUCUGCCUUUCCAUGGUUGUCACCAUCCCCUCGAUGGACUUUUGAGUCUUCUCCCUGGGUUACUAGUGCUAGCAAUGUCACUGUCAAAACGAGAAGCGACAUAGGCUACGACGAGCCCCUCGUUGAUAACUUUAUAUUAAACCUAUCGCCUCGCACCAAGGGAGCCCCAUAUAAUCUAACAGGCACCAUCAAGAACACACACUCAAAACUACGUCAUUUCGAUUUUGAUCUUGAUUCAUGCAAUACCACCUUUGAAAGCAGCGAACAUAAGAUACACCUUAUCGAGCGCGAUUGGUGGGACAAUGAGGGGUGGAAUUGGACCUAUCCAGAAGUCGGUCUACAAUUUGACAGCCAGACGGCAAAUCUCACUGUGAAUGGAUACGCGUCUGGUACUCCAUAUCAUAUUGCCGAUGAGGAAUACGGCGAACAUGAAAGAACGGGCCCGGAUGUGAUACAGGGAAAGAUAAAGAUUACCUUCUCUGGGGUCAUCGAUCCCUACCGCUCGGAUACCCUAUUCGAAAACACGACCAUGCCGACUUGGCUCAGAACGGUGGGAUUCCAAAACAACCCCGUGAAUAUCGGCUACGAGAGCGGAGCUCUGGGCUGGUCUCGUCCAUGGGGGACCACUAUGAUUUGUUCUGUUAUUUCUUUAGCUUUGAUAUAUUCCUGA